AUGAGUGACACUGAACCAUUUAGUAGCGGCUCGUCAGAUAUUUACCAGCCGCAUGUCUACGAGUCAUGUUCAACCAGUUCAGAUGAUGAUGGAAGCGAUGUUGGUUUGUUGACAUUUCAAAACCAAACUAAUGAGGCGAACGAUAAAGGUAUGAAUAUUUUGGAUGAAUUUAAUACAGAUAAUCCAUGCCCAUCGACGAGUGGCAUAGCGCCGAAAAAAAGAAAAUCCGCGAAUCCAUCACAAUGGAAACGGAAUGUAAUAAAGAAGUCUAUUGCUACUGGAAACGGCUAUUUAAACUACAAAGGCCGUGAAAUAGGCGAAAGAAAAACUGGACCGGAUUGUUGUUGUAAGAAGUAUAAGUGUUUUGUUCAAAUUAAUGAAGAAGAUAGGAAACUAAUAUUGGAAAAUUUUAAUAAAUUGGAAGAAACCUAUGUGCAAAACGUAUACUUAGGCGGUUUAAUUAAAACUGAGAAUGUUGAAAGGGAAAGAUCUAAAACUGGUACGGGGGAAGAAACGGAGUUGUUCACACAAAUAUUAUAUUAA